AUGUCCCCCGCUCUGCGAGACAAGCGCGAACGGAGCAAGAAGUUGGACGAACAGAACCAGAAGUUGGACCCAAAGAUCGUGAGCGAACACGAACAGGACAAGAAGUCGGACCCAGAGAUCGUGAGCGAACAUGAAAGGAACAAGAAGUUGGACCCAGAGAUCGUGCCCGAGAUCGAUGAGACGCAGCCUGCAGCCCUUGAUGCCUUCCCAGCUACGCAGGCUGAGGCCGGCGGAACGCAAGUGCGCCAAAACUUGGCGGAUCGGCUUGGUCUUGCUGCUGAAGAUGUGGAGGAAGGGCCACCUUUGGAAAGCGGCGCCGAUCAGGGCGAAGCGACUGAGGGGGAGGACUUGUUCCAAGUGCCAACUGAGAACCCACCCCCCCAGCUCUCUGAGGGAGCCAUUAAGAAGAGGCUCUACAGGUUGCUGACGCCAAAAGCUUCGGGCGCCUUGAAGGUGCCGAAGGAGUUGAUAAACGAUUACAACGACCCUUUUACCAAGGACAAGGUGUUCCUGCUCUUCGAAAAAGCCGGCUAUGAGGUCUUUCUCCGGAAGGUUCGGAAGGUGUACGAACAAAUCAAUGAAGACACAAUGGAGUCCAACUAUGAGUUCCUGAGCGAAGACGACAUGGUUGCCUUGGGUUGGAAGAAGAUAAAGGGCAUCAAGAAGUUCUGCAAGAGCAAGCGGGACUUCACAAGGCAGUCAGAUUACGGGGAGGGGACCUUGUACUGGGCGCUGAUCAGCCAGAAAGGAUCGAAGAAGUGUCUCAGCCAAUUAGAGCUUUUGACCGACAUGAAGGACUUACAGAAAGCGCUGAGCAAGCGUGAUGACGACAUGCAACAGGUGUACCGACAAGGCUACGGCGGCUGA